CGGCUCCUCCUCCCGGGAUUUAAAGCCCGGGCAGGGCGGCAGCGAGCCUGUCCCGGGACAAGCUGUGCCCGAGCUCCCACCGGCUGGGACGGGCACCGGGAGAGGCACCGGGAGCAGCACCGGGAGGAGAACCGGAUCCCCACAGGGCGGCUUCGCUGCCGAUGACCCUGAACAGGCAGUACGAGAGCCGGAGCCCGGUGGGAAGGAGGGCGAGCACCCCGCUGCCGCACCCCGAGCCCGGGCGCCUCGACACUGUCGCCAGCGGCUGCUCCGGCUCCGGGAAGCCACUCUACCGCGUGGUGCUGCUGGGCGACCCUGGCGUGGGCAAGACCACCUUGGCCAACCUCUUUGCCGGCGUCCAGGAGCGGGACCUGCUGGAGCAGCACGGAGACGCUGCGUACGAGUGCACGCUGUCCGUGGAUGGCGAGGAGACCGAGCUGCUGGUGAUGGACACCUGGGAGCCAGAGCAGAGGGGCAAGGAGAGCUCACGCCACAGCCGGUGCCUUCAGGUAGGGAACGCCUACGUCAUUGUCUACUCCAUCACCGACCGGAGCAGCUUUGAGAGCGCCUCAGAGCUGCGCAUCCAGCUGCGCCGCGCACGACAGGCCGAGGACAUUCCCGUCAUCCUGGUGGGGAACAAAAGUGACCUUGUACGGUGCCGCGAGGUCUCUGUCGAAGAGGGCCGUGCCUGCGCCGGGGUAUUCGACUGCAAGUUCAUUGAGACAUCGGCAGCUCUGCAGCACAACGUGGACGAGCUCUUCGAGGGGGUGGUGCGUCAGAUCCGCCUGCGCCGCGGAGGCAAGGAAGUCCCUGCGUGCUCUGUGCCCAGCCAGAAGCGCAAGGACAGCCUCACCAAGAGAGCUCGGCGCUUCCUUGACAGGCUGGUGGCCAGGAACAGCAGUGAAGUUGCCCUCAAAGCCCGCUCCAAAUCCUGCCAUGACCUGUCCGUGCUCUGAGAUCCUCUCUGCCCUCCAUGCACGCAGACUGACUCUCCUCUCUGCCAGCAGGGUGGCCGGCAGCUCUGCAGAGACUCCGGACAGGGCUGGAAUGAUGCUGAGGACACGCAGCUGGUUUAACUGGUGCUGGGGGAUGCCCAGGGUCCUCUGGAUCCGGCUGCUUCCUCUCCGGCAGAAGGGAACAAAUGGGGUUGGGUCUUCUGGGCUGCACCUAUGGAGCAGGGGAUGGGACAGGCGCCUGUGCUUGGGAUGGUGGGAUCCUGGCUUGCAGAGGGUCCAGGAGACCUGGAGGUGAGGAGUGACCAUGCCCCGAUGCAUGGUUCCCUGCAGGGCUGGAGCCACUCUGGAGGUUGCUGGGAGUGGGGCCGGUCCUGCUCGUGGUGCCCAUCCUUCACCGGGCAGCAAGGACAGACGAGUGCAUCCUCUCGGUGUCCGCCUGGAGGGCAGUGCUGGAACCUGGCUGGGGAGAGGGGCUGGUGAAGCAGCAGCGGCAUCGCCGGACACCCCCAGCCUCUCCUCACCAUCACCACGCCAGGGCUUUGUGCCAUGUCUCCCUGGCACCAAUGCCUCUUGGACUGAGGCUGUUCUGUACUGGUGCAAGGGGAAAACCCUCGCUCUGCAAAAUAAACCCCACCAGGGAGGUGCUGGUCUCUGCUGGGUCCCUGCCGGGUCCCUGCCGCGGGGAGCCGUGUGCUGGGGCUGCGGGGCCAGGCUCAGUUCCUCGCUCCUGCCUCCUGCUCCAGCUGCACCAGAGCAAUCUCAGGGCUGGGAGAGCUUUUGCCCACCCUCGACAGAAGUCUCUGUUCCUCACCCAGCAGUCACAACAUUGUCCCCUGCGAUG